CCCAUGUUUGGAAAUUACCAUCAGACGGAGGAAGUGACGUCAUAUUCAAAUAUGGCGUCCGUUCUGUUUCGGACCGGUGGACGGAUAGCAGAAAAAGUUAAUUUGCAAGCUACUCAUCGGGUGCUAGCUGCAUUUUCUCCCACUGCAUCAUGUCAUCCACACAAUCAGCAGAAGAGGAACCUUUCCAUCCAUGAGUACCUCAGCUUCGGCAUUUUGAAGGAUGCUGAUGUCCCCAUACCUAGGUACAGAGUAUGUGGGAACCCAGCAGAUGUCCAGGAAAUGGCCACAGACCUUAUCAAGGCCACAGGAGCACCAGAUGUCGUCGUUAAAGCUCAAGUGUUAAGUGGAGGACGAGGAAAGGGCCAUUUUACCAGUGGACUUCAGGGAGGAGUCAAAAUUUGUUUCUCAGAUGAGGAAGCCAAGAAAAUUUCAGAACAAAUGUUAGGAUACAACCUGAUCACAAAACAGGCCCCACUUGGUAGGAUAUGUGACACUGUUAUGCUGUCAGAGAGAUUAUACUCUAGGAGGGAGUUCUACUUCGCCAUCGCCAUGGAAAGGUCUUUUGCUGGGCCUGUGUUAGUAGGAAGUUCACAGGGAGGUAUGAAUAUUGAGGAUGUAGCAAAAGAAAACCCAGCUGCUAUUCUGAAACAACCGGUGGACAUAUUUUCAGGCAUUACGAAUGAGUUGGCAGUCAACCUGGCAGUGAAUAUGGGUUUCAGUCCAAACUGUGUAGAUCAGGCAGCAGAUAUUAUUGUGAAGCUUUACAAUGAUGUCUUCCUGAAGUACGACUCCACUCUUGUAGAGAUUAACCCCAUGUCAGAGGAUGCCAGUGGCAAAGUUUACUGUAUGGACUGUAAGCUGAACUUCGAUGACAAUGCCGAAUUUCGUCAAGAGAAGAUUUUCAAGUUGCGUGAUUGGUCACAGGAGGACAAGCGUGAAGCAACUGCAGCUGAAGCUAACCUCAACUACAUUGGACUAGAUGGCAGCAUUGGAUGUCUCGUUAAUGGUGCAGGGCUAGCCAUGGCAACCAUGGACAUUAUCAAACUCCACGGAGGCAGUCCUGCCAAUUUCCUGGAUGUAGGUGGUGGUGCUACCUCAAAACAAGUGACAGAGGCCUUUCGUCUGAUCACCUCCGACCCCAACGUUGAUGCCAUCCUGGUGAACAUCUUUGGAGGCAUAAUGAGGUGCGAUGUUAUCGCCCAGGGUGUAAUUGCUGCAGCAGAUGUCCUGAACCUCAAAAUCCCAAUUGUUGUAAGAUUACAAGGGACAAGAGUGGAGGAUGCCAAGGCCCUGAUAGCUGCCAGUAACCUAAAGAUUAUAGCCUGUGAUAACUUAGAUGAAGCUGCUAAAAUGGUGGUGAAGCUGUCCUACAUUGUCAGCAUUGCUAAGGAGGCUGAAGUGGAUGUCAAGUUUGAGCUGCCAUUGUAAAGUGGAUAUAAGUCAUGAUAGAAUCCUGUUGUAUGCUCCCAUCGAUGAGUUGUUUUUGGAAAUUUUAGCCGCAAAGUUGAUGAUGAAAAGUUUGUUAUGGAAGAAAAGGAUCAAUCCGUCUUCUCCACUCUGUGUGGAGAUUUUGACCAGGAAAUACAUGUACCACUGUCUGUCAUACUGACUGCAUUUAAAAAUAGUAUCUGUACAAUUUGUUACAAAGAACAGUUUGAGUUGCAGAUUUUAAUAUACUCUUGAUUGGUAUAUGGCCAAGAAGGUAGCAAUUGUAUCAUAGUAUAUAUGAUAUGCAUCAGAUUUUGUCCAUUUAGAAAAAUGUCCCAUUCCUAUGGUGGCAUGAAGGUACAAGAUAACAUUUCUUUGUUAACCAUUGAAAUGAAACUUGGAUGUUAUUUUGUCUCUUUAGAAAAUGAAUGUUCAAUUUUGCACUGAUACAAUUAUAAUUUGGGGGAAUUGAACUUGUUUUUUUCAUGGAAAAUUGAAAGAUCAUUUUAGAGGAAAUGUGUACUUGAUAAAUAAAAAAAGAAAAAUUGCAACUUAUUUGUUUAAAUGCUAAUAGCCAUACAUAAAAAAGUAUACAUGGAUGAAAAGUUGAAUGAUCAGUGCAUAAUAUUAUAGUAAAAAUGGUCUAUAGUAUUUAAUGUCUGCCACCUGUGACUACUUGGUCAGAUUUCAUAGUGCUAAGUUUUUAUACUGAAAGUAGUUUAUUUUGAUUAUUUUUAAGUUUAUCUGUGUUAAGAAUAGGACAUUCUACACAACUUAAUAAAGUGCCGGUGUUUCAUCUUGUUUGCCUACCAAUGGUUCCAACUUCAGAUCUUAAUCAUUGGUUAGCAGUGAAUGCAUUUCUUUAGUCAGGAUAUUAAUACUACACGUCUUUUUGAAUUGAAGAUAUUUUAAGUGAAAGUUAAAUGUGUAUGUGUGUAUGUGAGGCCAACAUCUAUCGACACUUAUCAUGAACUCUGCAAGAUGCAAAUUUAUGUCCAUUCUCAAUAUUUGUUUGUAAGUUAUUUAUGAUCAGUUGAGAAUUUUUAAAACAUGUUGAACAAUACCUUGAGCUUAUUGUAUCAAACAAAUGUUGUAAAACUUUCUAUAUCAAAUCAAGUUGGAAAUUUAAGCCACUAUAAAGAGAUACUGCAUUUUCACAUAAAGUAAUAUCGGUACAAGUUUGUGUAUCUAAGUAAGAGGAUUUUCGGUGAUGAAAAGUAUUUUAAGAUAUUUAAACGUUGACAUCUGCCUUUUUGAGAAAUAGCCUGUUCAGGCGGUUCUUUCUAGGUGUUGUGUGCACUAGUAUGUAUGGUAGGUGUAAAUAUAAAGAUCUGUGUUAUGUACAUAUCUCCUUAUGUGUAGACUGGCAUGUGCUGUCGAAACAUAUACUUCUAUUGAUGAAUAUUGAGAUAAAAUAUUUAAAUUACUU